UGGCGGGUGGGAUGUAAACAGCGAGGGAGGCCCGGACGCUGGGGUUUGGGGGACAUGGAGGCCGAGGCCCGGGGUCUGGCGGUGCUGUUGGACGCCGCCGACGAGUUGAGGGACUCGAAGGGCCUGACCCGGGCCAAAGCCCUGAGGUGUUUCCAGACCCUGGGCGGUGUGUCAGCCGACGGGGGGCAGCUGCGCCUGGCCGCUCUGUGCCAGGAGCCCGGCUCGGCCGUGUACUGCCGCAGGAGCGUGCCGUGUCAGGCCGGGAAGUUCGUCGAUUUCAUUUGGGAAACAACCGCGAACUCACACACCUCCCCAACCAGGCAACGACUUCUGGCUUUAAACAGUCGCAAUGACCUUGGGAUCUAUGAGCUUCAUGUCCAGGAUGGUGUUUGUGAUGUCACCAACUCUCACAGUUGCAAUGAAGAGGCCUUGAGGAAGCUGAUCAAAAGCAAAAACCUAAGUCUGCCAUUGUCGUUUGAAGUGAAGAUUCUGUCGUUUAAGGAUAGCAAGUCCUUCAUACUGCUGGACAGUUGUAUUCUACUUCAUGUGUUUUGGUUGGAGGGAACUUCAGAAGCAGAUGCUUUGGAUGGCUUUGGUCUGUGUCUACCUCAGCAGACUCCAGGGACAAUAACAGACGGACAGAUUUGCCAAGAAAUGCUCUUCUUGUUGGACAGCGCAGGCUGGAUCUACAUUUACAGCACUGUGGAUGGGAAGCAGCUGGGUAGUGUUCAUCUUGCAAUUUGCCAGUCUGGGUUCACUGAAGAGACAAAUGAGCUCUGUGAUCUCUCCAAUCUGACCAGACUGUGGGUAUCACACGAGCUGGAUGUGGUAGUAGUUGUGAACUGCUUUAACUGCGCCUUUUGUGUCGACUUGGAAAUCUAUUUCAGAAAACACCCUGAGCAUUUGAGGCGCGUGAGUAAAGCUUCUGUCAACUUGCCUUUGAAAGCGCCUGCUGGCAUUGAUGAGGAUGAGAUUGCCAGUUCUGUGUACAGCGAUAAAGUACUUAACCUACCAUUUCAGACAGACAGGUCAUGGAAGGCUCGGUUGGCAACUUUCUACAACCAGACUAAAGCACCGUCAGCAGAAGGCUUGCAGAACAGAUCCCCUUCCUCCUGGUAUAACCACCUCUCACCUCCAAACCCAAAUGACGUCCACCACCAUAUUGACUUUGCACAAUCUCAGCAGAAAGUGACCAAAGUUUUUGCACAAAGAGAAGAUGUGAAUAAAGGCCUCCUGGCAAAUGAAUUGAGAGGGGUGGUGCAGCUUCAAGGGCUGAAGGAAACGAUGAGGGUUGAAACCGUGUCCGUUUCUGGAUUCAGCAUUUUAUUCUCACUCGCCACACCGGACAGUGAGUCAGUGACAGUUGUAUUCUGGGACUUGGAAACUCAAGAAGUGAUGUAUCAUCACCUGGAUGGCCACUGUGUGCCCGUUGAGGAUGAUGGGAAGGAGCAGUUAUGUUUGUUUCUCACAGACUCUGGUCUCUCCAUGGUGCUGUUUGGCUUCUCUCAGGAGGAUCUGCUGAACCAUUUGAUGAUUUAUGGGAAAGCAGGCAUUGUGGAUUCACUGUGUCACCUCAACCAUUGGAGCCGUUGUUCUAUUCCCAUCCACGCAUUAGAGGCUGGGAUUGAGAACCGGCAACUAGACAUGGUUGAUUUCUUCCUGAAGAGCAAAGAGAGCCUGUUCUGUGUACCUACAGGAUUUCUGGUACAGGAUCAUUUGGGAACCACAAUGACUUCUCUGGCACAGUUAACAAAUGUAGAAGAAAUCACACCUGCUUUGGAUCUGUUGUGUUCUGCGAUCAGGGAAAACGAUUCUGAAACUCAGAGCAAACAGUUUUCUGAACAGCUCCUGAAUCUCACCUUGACGUUCCUCAACAAGCAAAUGCAAGAGCUUCUAAUGCAAUCAGCAGAGUUGGAUGAGUGCAAGCAGAAGUGUGUGGACUAUCUGACUGGCUAUAUUACCGAGCUUCGUAAAUUCAUGAAAAAAUAUCCCAGGACUCCUCCGAAUGAGAGUGUAACUGUUGAUGACCUGGAUGAAGAGGGAGCACUACCAGAUGGCUAUCGGGCUUUUGUGAAGUGGAAGAACCUGAGCACUGAUGAAGUCAUUCGCGAUGCCAUACUGAGCGAUUGUAUCCCGCAAGCUCAGGCCUACUUCAGAACACAGCAGAACCCUGCCAAGUCUCUCCAACAACUUGUGCAAGCAGGCUUGAAUCUGACUUACAAUUGCCUUUUAAGAAAAGACCUGAAAGAGGCUAGUGCACUUCUGAAGAACAUGGGUUUUGAUGUGACAAAACAACUGCGCCAUAUUUGCUGCUACACGGCUGACAGAGAUCUAAGAGACUUUCUGGUGGAAAGCCUUCAGAAUCAGAACUGUUUUUCUGAACAAGAGAAGGAGAUGGUGAAGUUUGUUCACUCUGCAGAAAAGCUCUACUCCUCUUCCGGAGACUCGAUGGAAUGUCCCUUGUGUAUCAGCUCACUGCAGCAGGUUGAAGAUAUCGAUCCCAAAUAUAGUGGUAUUCUGGAGCAAAUUCUGAACUGUGAAAUUGGGAUGGGCGAGCAGCGUCAGAGCAGCAACACUGACCCCUGCGUGAUACUGUUAGAUUGGGCCAAGUGGUGGGAUGAGGCCUCAAAGGAGAGAAUCCAGUUAUCCAGAGAGUCGAACACAGCGAUGCACUCCUGCAGUCCUGAGGUAUUGUGGAGCCACCUGACUUCUCGCCAUUGCUGGUCCAAACUCUGUGCUUGGAUCGAAACGCCCCAGAGCGCUGAGAGCCCUGAGAAUUGGCCGCUUCUCACACAAGAGACUGUGAAUCAGAACACACUCUGCAGUAGCUACAUGAGGAACGAGAUCCUGGACAAGUUGGCAAGGAAAGGUGUGUACAUCCCAUCAGAACUAGCAGACUUCAAACAGCUUCUGUUAAGGCUUGGCUGCACAGGGGGAAUAAUGCAGGAACCUCAUCCUGUGCCAACCUACCAGUCAUCCCAAGGACUCGACUUCCACAACUGUUUUGUCCUCUACUGCCUUGAGCAUGGACUUCGCUAUCUCUUGUACGCCUAUUUGGAUUAUUACAGGUUGAAUCCCUCGAAUUGCCAGAUCCUGGCUGAUGGAGCUCUCCACGUGGGUCAUCCCUGGUUUGAAUUCCUAGUAAGAAUACGAGAGGUUUCCAACAGUAGUGCAGCUACCCCUGUGACAUUCCAGGCAAGUCUGGCUAAUGCCCAAAUGCUGAUCCCCAGUAACCAGGCGAGUGUCAGCAGUAUGCUGCUGGAGGGACACACACUGCUGGCACUCGCCACCAUCAUGUUUGCUCCUGGGGGAAUCGAUCAGGUUAUACAGGAGAGAGAAGACGUUGGCAAUUCCCUUUGGAAAGUUGACCCUCAGCUGCUGAAAAUGGCAUUGGCUCCUUACCCAAAGCUGCGGGCUGCUCUCUUUCCCCAACACACCCCUCACGGUAUUCCACCACCUGACGUGUCCCUCUAUCAUCUUUUACAGUCACUCCACCCCUUUGAUCCACAGCAUCUCUUCGGCUGGCAGUCUUCCAACACGCUCUCUGCUUAUGACUCAAGCGACUUGCCUCAUUUCUCGUGCCCUGAUCUGGUGAACAAAUACGCCAUAACCGAAAGGCUGGAUUUUCCAUACUACCUGCACCACGGACGGCCGUCAUUUGCGUUUGCAACAUUUCUGGUUCAGCAGCUGGCAAAGAGCAGUUCACCAAAGCAGCUGAUUCAGCAGGUGAGCAGUGAGGUGUACACCCUAGGACUUGCCCACUUUGCUGUGGCUCCUGUAGCGGCAGCCUGCGUUGCCUUCCUCGAACUCCUGGGUGUGACCAGCCUUAAACUCAGGGUCGAUCUCAAAGUUGCAGCUACAAUAUUGAAGCACUGGUACAUAAAGACAGAAGAGUCUCAACACAGCUCAAUACAGGAGACCUUGGCUGAAAAGCUUCAGAGUUUGGUAGAAUGUGAUAAAUCAUCAGCACAGGAGCUGUUGAGUCAAUUAGAAAACGCUACUUGGGAAAACCUACAAACCAGAAACAUAAAGAGGGUCUCUUUCGAAGCUGGGCAGGAGUGGUCACUGAUAACCCAGUUCUGCAGACUUCACAGUAUUGCCCUGAGCAUUGCCUAUCUCCGGGAAUGUGCUCAGCAGGAUGCGUGGCUGGAGUUUGUGGUCUUCGCUCAGCUUCAUAAUUAUCAACCGGAUGAGGUGCUGGCCCUACUCAGAGACUUCAGCCCCACUCUACAGGAUCACCUGACACUGGCGUUCGAGACUCUGCAGUUUGUGCCAUUGGAGGGAUCCGUUAGCUCUGAGACACUGGGCACACCCAAGAGCGAACUCAACAAGAAGAAGAAGAGGGAGGAAUCUCCAGUGGAUCUUUACCAGGUGCUCUACUGGUGCCAGGAGAAGCCAAACCCUUGGCGGUAUCUUUUGACCGAGGCAGUGCGGCACCAUGCGCCUGUGUUGAGUAUCCUGGCCGCGUGUUUUAAGCACGCAGAGAUUCUUCAGUGCCUUUGUGUUUGGGUUAUUAUGUCCUCGGAUGAGACGACCUACUCUGAAGCUACAAAGCACAUUGAUGAUUCGGUGGAACAUCAUGAAUGGGGCCUCCACGACCUGGCAGUAAUGUGGAAAGUGUUGCUGGGAAGGCGGAAGAGCAAACAACUCAUCUGGGGCUUUCAGCUGUUUCAGAAGGACUGUCCUUGGGUCUAUAUGUUGGAGAUGUACAAAUUGUGCACUGAAGACAAAAACUAUCAAGAAGCAAAGUUGAAACUUCAAGAAUUCCAGAAAUGUCUUCAAUCACUGAAGGCUGCAGAUUCAGAGGCCGGUGCCAUCACAUUGCUCUGGUUGGAGCAACAAGCGUACCUGCUGCUGAAGCUGAUGCUGCAGCAGUGCCCGACACAGUAUGAGCUGGGGAAGCUGCUGAACUUGCUGGCUGACGUGGACGGAAUUCUCAAACUGAACGGACCUGAUUUCCAAAAGUUGAGCACGCUCAGUCAUCUUCUGCAAGAUACAGACAUUUCCAUUGAUCGCUCCCUCCUCACCAAGUACAGCACAGAGACACUGAAGAGUGCGUGUGGGCAAAUCCUGGGACAACUGCAAGAGAAGAGACUCUUCGCUCUGGCCAGACAGGUGGCUGAACUUGCCGAACUUCCAGUGGAUAACCUGGUGGUCCAAGAGGUAAUUCAAGAAAUAGUGAAUUUGAAGCGACUUGGACAGUGGCAGAGAAAGGAAACGAGAAUAAACUUUUGGAAGAAAUGCCACGAUUGUUUCAGGAGUAAUGUUAUUUCCAACCGAGCUGCCUCCAAUUUCUUUCUCACUCAAGCCAGCGACAUCCCAUCUGUCACAUCCCACCCAGCGGCCUCCGUCAAAGAACAGCUCUUGAAUAUCCAGGAAAAGUGCCUGCUGUUUACCAUGGCUGGGCACUGGCUAUCACACAAUGACUCAUCGUGCCUGUCAGAGUUGGAAGAGGUGGAGAAGAGUAUUUGGUUGUGUCGCGUUGGACAACAGAAGCUGCUGAGGGCCAGCGUGCCCACGGACCCGAGAGAUGGCUGGCAGGUUUCAGACUGUGGCGAGGACACGUUCGACAGCGUCACCAGAGAAUUUUCUUUCUCUAAGCUCGCUGCUCUCAACUCUCCAGACUAUCUCAAACUGGGACGCUUUCCUACCCGUGAGGCAGUUCCGGGCUGCAGGCUGGAAGCAGAGGAAAAGGAGGCCCUGACUGCUUUGAUUGGCGAGUUGUUGGACGGAGGCUACAUUCACGAAGCCAGUAGAGUCUGUGGGUAUUUUAGUUUUUACAAUCAAGAUACUUCUCUGGUUCUCCACUGCAGAGCCUUAGCCUCGGGAGAGGCACACACAGCAGAUUCUGACCCAUCCAUACGGGUCAUCUUAACGACAGGAGCCUGUUUCAACGGUGACAUGGGACUGUAUCGGAAAAGGGUACCCAGUGUCACCGGUGUAGCCUCGUCCUUCGUGGUUGUUCAGAAUUCAGAGGAGGAGGACGGUAAAGAUCAAGUGGCCAAGGAACUGCAGAUACUGACAAAUGAGUGUCACCAUGGCAAGAGUUACUGCCGUCAAGUCCUCAGUCUGUACGAUCUCUCAAAGGAGCUGGGCUGUUCCUACAACGACAUCUCGUCGCAAGAUUCCGAGACCGUCCUUCAGGAGGUGCUGUCAUCCCAGCAGCCAGACCGCUACAAAAAGGCCCAGGCGUUCAUCACCACCCAGGGGCUGAAAGCCGAGGCAGUGGCAGCUCUCGUAGCUGAGGAGGUGCUUCAGGCCUUACUGUGUUCCAGAGAAGCCAAAGGGCCGGCAGCGAAACAGAUCUACAACCCUCUGGAUGGAAAAGAAGCAUUCCUGCAGCUGGCGAAACUGUGCCAGGACCCAAUCCUUGUUGGCACCAAGUUGUUGGAUAAAAUUUCUUCCAUUCCAAAUGGGGCAUUGGAGUGCAUGGUGGAGUUGCUGAUUCUAGCCCACGAUUGCUUCAGCUUGACAUGUCACAUGGAGGGUAUCAGCAGAGUCCUGCAGGCUGCCCGGCACCUCAGCCACAAGCACCUGGCACCCAAUGAAGAGUACAGCCUGAUGGUGCGACUGAUCACUGGCAUCGGCAGGUACAAUGACAUGACCUACAUAUUUGACCUGCUGCACGAGAACCAUAGGUUUGAGAUGCUGCUGAGGAAGAAUGUUGAUUCGAACGGGAACCUGAAGACUGCUUUGCUCGAUUACAUCAAGCGCUGUCUCCCCGGGGACAGCGAGAAGCACAACAUGGUGGCGUUUUGCUUCAGUAUGUGUCGGGAGAUUGGGGAGAACCACGAGGGUGCGGCCCGCGUCCAGCUCAAAAUCGUAGAGUCACAGCCUUGGGAGGUGACUCCUGAGUUGAAGAAGUCUCUGGUGAAAGUCCUCACUUUUCUGAAGGACGCCGCUGAGAGUUACUCUAAGGAUUGUUGCAUACGCCGUGCAACCCAGUGUGUGAAGCUCGCGAAGCUGGUGACACUGCAGCUCCACUUCCUGAAUAACAACCACAACACGCAGUUAAUCAACCUGCAGAGAAGUGGCUUGAUGCCGUGUAUCUUGUCCCUGCCUCGGUUCUAUCAGGCUGCCAUAGUCGCUGAAGCGUAUGACUUUGUUCCUGACUGGGCGGAGGUGCUGUACCAGCAUGUGAUUGUGAGGGGGGAGUUUACCUACCUGGAGGAGUUUAAGCAGCAGCACAGUCUGCAGCAGAGUCUAUUCGAAGAAAUUUCUAACAAAUUUAAACAACACAAAGGAGACACUGCUGCGAGUCAGAACCUGAAGCGGUUACUGCAGUGCUGUGAGGACGUCUACCUGUUUUACAAACUGGCGUUCGAGCAUAACUUCAACGACAUCGCCAACAAGCUCCUUAAAGAACCCCAAACUAGCUGUUACCUCAAAGAUAUGAUCGCCAGCUAAGUCACCACUGCCGAUGUGUCGGUCGGUAUCUAACCCAUGUUAAACAGGUUUGGUUUUAUACAAUGAUCUUGUAAAUACUUUACUGGGCAAUUUGUUUUAGCCUUUAAUUAUAUGUACAGCACAUAAAGCCGAGCGCUCUCAACUCGGGACCCAUCAGACCCUGAUCACAAGAAAUACCAGACACCUAAAUCAGUCCUGUAAGUAAAUGGAGUUCAUUACUGCAGACUGAAUAUUGCACUAAAUAUGGAUAUGUAAAAGAUUCCCAUUUGAUAGCAAAGGCGACGUUUCCACAAGAAUUUAUAUACAUUAUUUUUCUGCUCUUCAGGGACCCCUGUGGCUGUAGAUGUUUGUGUAUGUCCAGUGUUUGCUGCUAAUUUCUUAAGCUUUCAAAUCAAAUCCUGUAAAUCAGAUCUAAUUGGUUUGGAGUUCAACCCCAUUCUGUGAAGUUUGCACCAAAUGUGAAAUAAGAAUCAAUUUCCCAUUUGUUGAAAAUCAUCCCUGGCUUCCAAUUAAAAAUAAUUACAAGUGUAUUAAUUCAUUGCAUACACUAACCAGUUUUGUCGAUGAAAGGGGCUCCCAGUGUGGGUUACAAUUUAUCCCUAACUAUGUUAGAUACUAGCUGUCACUCUGUUCCAAAUAUUAGUUAAAGAAAUGCUUUGUGCUUAUGUUCACUCACAAGUAUGGUUUUGUCUUUAAGUGAGAAACUUCUUAAAAUAUCACAACCCAAUCUUUCUCUUCCUAAACUGUAGAAAGUGUCAUGUGAGCAACAUGUCCACUACACGAUUGUGGGUGAAUAAAUUGGCCUGCAAGGCACAGCCAAAAAA